UGUGGCAUCAGAGGUAUUUGCUUUUCAAAUUUCCUAUAGGGUGUGGACAGACUGAGAUGAAACAGAGAGCGACACUUUCCAGCCUCAAGAUUAGACUGAACUAAUACGCUUUAUGUUUUUAAAAUUAUUUAGUUAUUACCAGGUAAUGACUAAAUACAGUUACAUAACACAGUACAGUUUGUGCCUGCUGGCUGGUGGACUUCUGUGUAGGGGAAAAAACAGAAAUCAGAUACAUUAAAGAAGGCGCCCAGAAACUCUCAAUUUCUCGGACAAACAGGUAGUGAUCAAAACAUGUCUGAAGGGCCACCUAACAAAAAACUGAAGCAGACAGACCUUCUGAGUCCUAAAAAGGAGACUAACACAGACAGUGAAGAUGAGGAGACUUCACAGGCUGGGAACACUAAGAAGGAAACGAUGGCUCAUUUACCAAAGCCAGAAGAGAAAUACUCCAAACACCUACAAAAGGAAAAGAUGGCUCAUUCACCAAAGCCAGAAGAGAAAUACUCCAAACACCUACAACAGAGAGCAGAAGAACAAGAACACACUUUCAGGUUUUGUUUCGACUCUGAUCCUGAUCCAAUUGUUGUGGAAUGUAACACAUCUAUGACUGUGCUCGCUGCUCUUGAACAAAAAGAAACAUUUCAGAAUAAUAAGAGUAUUAGAGACACCAAGAAAGUAAUGGUAAUCGAGAGAGCUGAUGGAGCUGCUGUGAAAACAGAUUUUCCAUGCAGUCUUAUUGAAAAAGAUGAGACCUUAAAAAUAUCCUUCAUCAAAAAUGAAAUGAAAAAGAAAGAGACACAAGCAAUACUUUCAUUACCUAGAACAGACCUAGUCAAGUUCUACAUUAAAGCAACAGGAAAGACGAGUGUGAUGUCCAUUAUAAAAAGCAAUGAACUAAGAAACAAAGUAGAUUAUGCAUGUGUUUAUGGGUUAGAAGAAGAAAAAGCUGAAAUUGCUCUCAAGCGCGACGGACGAUUCAAUGAAAAAAUAUUCCAUAAACUCUGUCUCCUGGCAUUAGUGUCUGAAAAUAAGAAGGGAAAACAAACAAGAUAUGAAAUCUCCAGUCCUGUCAAGCUUCUUAGAAACAAGAAAUUUCAGAUCAUGGCUGUUGAUGGCAAACGGCCUGACUGCCAAAAGAAACCAAACACAAUCAAGACUGAAAAUGCAUCAGAUGUUGAUUAUGAAAAAUAUAACCCAGGACAACCUACAAACAGCGGUGAACAAGGAACAAUCCAAGUGAGAGAGACAAAAUCUCCAGGUCCUCCGACUACAGGCCAAGUAACUCAGAACCCUUCUGGGGAUUCUGGAGGAUUGUUCAACACUGAGGUUGAAGAGUUUCUGCAGAGUUCAUUUGAAAAUAUAAUGAAGAAGCUAAAACAGCGAAAGAACCCCCAGGUUCAGAAGUUCUUCCAAGAAGAUUACGAUAAAGGUAUUCAGUGUUUCACUGAGGUGAACAAAGUGAAGCAGAUCAUGACACUCUCUGACUCUGUGUGUCUGAUUCUAGUUGAUAAUUCUCCCACUGGAACAGGCUUCCUAGCCUUUGACAGAUUCAUCCUUACUAAUGCUCAUGUCAUUAAGGACUUUGUUAAUCGUGACACACUUAAACUUUCACGGCCUCUGGAAGCUGUAUUUAAUUUUGAGGUUGUAGGACCUGCGGCAAAAGUUUUGUCAGUAAAAGAUGACAUUGUUGCUUGUGGUUUUGAGCCUGAUGAUAGGCGCAGAUUUUAUGAUUUUGCACUACUUGAAUUGGUAAAGACACCUGAUAACUGUCCCGAAUUGUUCAAACGUUAUAUACAUUCCCCUCCUCCAAACCGUGGUGGGAUCUACAUUGUGGGACACCCAGGUUGUGGUGUCAAGAAGAUGGACCCCUGCCUCAUUAUUGAGCCUGAGAAACAACUCCAGAGUAUAAACAAACACAUAUCUGACAAUAUGUCCUGCCCAUAUGUAUCACUGCAAUGCUGGCCGUAUCUACAUCAGAACAGGAUAACCUAUGACACUUGUAUGUUUCAUGGAUCUUCUGGCUCCCCGGUGUUUGAUGAACGCUGCAAUCUGAUUGGAAUGCAUUCUGGUGGCUUUCAUUAUAAAGAACAAAACAAGACGGAUAGGAGUGUUAUAGAAUAUGCCUAUUCCAUGCAGUCUAUUGUGGAAGGCAUUGUCGAACAGGUCAGGUCAAGGAGACGUGACAUCUUGAAUUUACUCUCUGAAUUUGAUUCAAUUAAAGCACAGUUUAAACUUGAGAAGACUGAAGAUACAUCUGGAGCAAUCAUGCCCAUUCAGGAACAAGAGAAGUAUGAGAAAGAAGAGAAAAUGGAUGUAGACUGAAGAGACGUGUCUACUGAUUGAAGACCCACAAUCCAUCAGGAAAAGUUUUUAACCAAAUUUUCAAUUCAAUUUUCAAAUAUACAGUGGGGGAAAUAAGUAUUAAACACAUCACCAUUGUUCUCAGAAAACAUAUUUCUGAAGGUGCUGUUGACUUGAAAUGUUGACUUGAAAAUCAACCAAAGAAAUCCAUAUAGGCUAAUAAAACAAAACUGAUUUGUUUACAAGUUAAGUUCUGUGUAAUAAAAUGAAAUGACGCAGGGAAAAAGUAUUGAACACAUGAAGAAAGGGAAGUGUAGAAAGGCAGUGAAAGCCCAGACAGCAGCUGAAAUCUCUCAGUAGUUAUUCAGCAACCCUCUGCCCUUCAUCAGUGUAAAUGAAUAUCAGCUGCUUCAGUCCAACAUCUACAUUAGCAGGAGGAUGAAGAUGAAACCAGGGUGGACAUUUCAGCAAGACAAUGAUCCAAAACACAGCCAAGCAAACGCUUAAAUGCUUUCAGAGAAAGAAAAUCAAGCUGUAGAAUGGCCCAACCAAUCACCUGAUAUGAAUCCAAUAAAAAAUACAAAAUAAAGCUCAGAUUUGAUAGACGAGACCAGGGCUUAACAUUAACUCCUGUCAACCCACCAAAUGUGGAUAGAUUUGAGCUCUGGCGGGUAAGACAGCUGCUUCCACUGGCCACUUAAAUAAUUUUUGAAUUGUAGUUUUCUUAUAGCAGGGUUCGACAAAAAGGAUGGCCCAAUGUGCAUGCAAAUGUGAUCUUAGAAUCGAGAAGUAGCACGACUGACAAAAAUAACUGUGUUCGAGCAAGCAAAAGAAAGCAGGUGAAUACCUUAUGAGAGGAUGAUUACUCGUGCGCACAGGUGAUGUGAUUUUUCGUAUUUACUUGCGCAAAACAAUUGUAUGUGUGUGUGUGUGUGUGUGUGUAUAGGAAAUGCAACUGGUACGAUCGGUUCUCUUUGAAAUAGACUAGACAAAAAGCAAUGAUCGUGCACCCACAGUCCUGCUUCUGCUGCUUUCAAGAACUCAAGAU